AUGUUCUUUCGCUCAAUGAAUAAAAAAAAUAUUGUUUUGCCGGAUGGGACACAGCGAAAGAGGCCAAAGGCUUGGGUGGCAAAUAAUUUAAAAUCAUGCAACGAAACUGCUUGGACUGUUCUGGUUAAUGGCUACAUAACCAGAUCGCAUAUUCAUGGGUUAUAUUGGCUUUUUUUACCGACGAUGCGACGACGUAUGCGAAUAAUGUGGCUUUUAGCUUUAAUGUGCGCUUGCACUGUUCUGCUUUACGUUAGUUAUUUGUUGGGAGAGCGUUAUCAAAACAAGCAGUUCCAAACAAUUAUAUCCCAUUCACAUGCGUCUAUUCUUCACAUCGCGUUUCCAGUGGUCAUUAUCUGCAACAAAAACCGACUAAACUGGUCUCGUCUACCGGAAAUCAAACGGACAUAUAAAAUUGCAGCUGCUCAAGAAAUACUUUUUGAUAGCAUACUUACUGCCUACGAUGGGCUAAGUUUUCACGAAUUCAACGUGUUCGAUUCACUACAGGAUGAGGACCUAGAUGACCUCAAUCAUCUAAACUUCACUCAAAUUGUUACUGAGAUGGCCUGGAGAUGCGACGAAAUUCUGGGUGAGUGUCUCUGGCAAACAGCGCCCCGAAAUUGCUGUAAGCUUUUUCGGCCCCGCCGACUACCCCUUGGGUAUUGCCUGGCCUUCAACGAGCUGGAGCAGCGACGGGGAACGGAGACUGGUAUUAACACUGGACUGCUUCUUAAGCUCUUACUUCGAGAAAGAGAUCAUGCUCCGAGGAAUACAGCACCAAAAGGAUUUUUGCUGACUGUGGUGGAAUCCUCAGUGUGGUUCGGGUUCCCCAUCGAGGUGGUGCCCCAUCCCCAUACACGCACCAAUGUGGCCGUUACAGCAGUGUAUCAUUAUUUCGACGACAGCACUUUGACCUUGCCCUCUAGGUGGCGGCGUUGCGUAAUGGACUAUGAGCAGAACAGCGAGCAUUUUCAGACACUUCAAGGCGAGAAGUAUAUGCUAGAGAACUGUCAGGCUGAGUGCCAACAGCGGCAUCUGUGGCAAUACUGCAACUGCACUCUGGACCUUUUCUACCCACCAUCCGACUACGCCGCCUGUCGGCUGAAGGACCUCCCCUGCCUGGCGUCCCACAAUCACCUGUUGCAAAACUUCGAGCAGCCUGGGGAGCAUCCUUAUGUGCAUAGGGAAGAAUCCGGAUUGCUCUGCGAGUGCCUUCACAACUGCAAGUCCCUGACUCUGGUGACUGAUAUGCGGAAGAGCGUCCAGCAACCCUGGCUACAGCCAAAUUCAAGCAUUAUUGAUAGCACGUGGCUUAACGUAUACUUCAAAAAACCAUCCAUGCUGAUCUACAAAACUAACCUAAUUUACACAUGGGUGGACUUAAUUGUUUCUUUUGGAGGAAUUUGUCAGCUUUGCUUGGGAUGUUCAAUUAUUAGUCUCAUCGAGUUUGUAUUCUUUGUGCUAUUUAAAAUACCCCAACUAUAUGUGAAGCGCUUAAUAAAUGUAAAGCCAUUACAGUCUUAA